CAUCGUCCACCGGCUACCUCAGGUCAUCCUUCCCAAGUAGGUUUUUCCCUCCCUUUAAACCUCCAAACCCGUCCGUUUUUUCGUCCGUUUCCUCUCUCUCUCUCUCUCUCUCUCUCUAACCCUCCCAAAAAUCUCAAUAUUUCAGCUGCAAUUCUUCCGAAAUCUAGGGCAUAAAGUCGCUCCGUUCUUCCCUUCAGGUUCUUGAAUUGCGGAAUCAAAUGAGUUACAGAGAUUCUCGAUGCCGAUUCGUGGCAGUGUAGCUUCAAUUCGCUUGCUUUUGGAGCUGAAACAGUGAAAAAGGGUGUAGGUUUGAGAAAUCUAGAACCUUUUCCGAUGUCUUUGGCCGAACCGGGUUCUGGAACACGGCCGGUGCUCAGACCAGCCGGAAACAGGGCUAGGGUUUCGGAAUUGCCGGGAUCUGGAUGCAAGAAGGCGGCUUUGAAGAAAUCAACGCUUCCGAGGAGGCUCGAUGGUCGGGUUCUUGAAUCGGACGGCUCGUGCUCGUCGGAUUCUUCUGGGAGUCUUUCCUCAGUGAGAAUGGCGGAUUUCCGACAUAGGAGGAAGCAGAACGUGGUGAAAUCUGUGAAGAUCGUCCCCGACGGUGUUGAGGUGUCUCCGAUGCCGUCUUCAGUUAUGGAGAAGAAGAGGUGUGGCUGGAUUACACCGAAUUCAGACCCAUUAUAUGCUUCUUUCCAUGAUGAAGAAUGGGGAGUUCCAGUCCAUGAUGACAGGAAGUUAUUUGAAUUGCUUGUUUUAUCUGAAGCAUUAUCAGAACUGAGCUGGCCGACCAUUCUUAACAAGAGAGACACUUUUAGGAAGCUGUUUGACAACUUUGACCCAGCAUCCGUUGCUAAAUUCAGUGAGAAGAAACUGUCAUUGAAGGCAAGUGGCGGUGCAUUGCUCUCUGAACAAAAGUUGCGUGCCGUCGUGGAGAAUGCAAGGCAGGUGCUUAAGGUUGCAGAGGACUUUGGAUCCUUCAGCAACUACUGUUGGAGAUUUGUGAAUCACAAGCCUGUCGUAAAUGGAUUCCGGUACGCACGUCAAGUGCCUGUCAAGACGCCAAAAGCUGAAGCCAUAAGCAAGGACAUGAUGCAAAGAGGCUUCCGCUGCGUCGGGCCAACCAUUGUCUAUUCAUUCAUGCAAGCUGCAGGGAUCGUCAACGACCAUCUUUCUAGCUGUUUCAGAUAUAAAGAUUGCAGCAAUAUGAAUGUCAAAAUAGAUUGUGAAACCAAAGUUGAGGAGAUGGAAAAGCUAUCAAAAACGAUGGAGCAGACAUGCCUGCUACAAGCAUGACUGAUGGGUUGCCAUUUCCACCGCCACAUCUGGCAACCCACACUCUAAUGUAAAAGAUGUGUAGUUCCUUAGUUCUCCUGGGAGAUGAUUCUACUUUGGCAAUUCUAUGGAAAAAUUCAUGCAUCUUAAUCCAUCACUGUCGGAUGUGCAAGAUUUUGAGCUGGAGCCAUAAAAAAUAAUAAACAGAAAAAAAUAAUCUGAAUUUCAAGUUUCAGAUCUGGCUCAAAUCCUGCUCAUCCAUGGACUGUGAGUUGAGAUGUGCAGAUCUUCCAUAGAGACAACUCUCUGGAAUCAUUUCUCAUGCUGUUCUGUAUCAUCUGAUCCUAAAUAAUGUUUCCUUAGGUGUAAUCUUUCACAUUAUUCACUGAUUUUCAUAUCCAUACGUAAUUCAGUAUCGUUUUUAUCUUA